AUGACAGAUAGUCAUCAUAAUCUUCAGGGAGAAGCCAAAAAUCCUGAAGAUGUAACUAAUAAAGAGAAAAAAGAGGUCCCUACUAUUACUAAACCCAAAAGAAAAUGUUUAGAAUGUGGUAAUCCUAACAUCAAGUACAAGUUUUGUAUGAUUUGUGAAAAGCAAUAUUUUAUACGAAAUUUCAGCCAAUGGACAAGUAAUAAUGUCGAAAUAGAUAAAUUUAUAAAAUAUACACAAACUAACGCAGUUGCUCAAGUAGAAUUUUUUGAAUGGAUAAAAUGGAACGAAUUUGACCUUAUCGAGUAUGAAAACUCGGGAUUAUAUAGCACAGUUUAUUCGGCGUAUUGGAUUGACGGACCUAUUUUAUUGUGGGAAAAAACCAUGGACUGUUACAUAAGAAAUGGACCGAUCAAGGUUGCAAUUAAAAGAUUCAACAAUUCACAAAAUAUAUCUCGCGAAUUUAUCGAUCAGCUAGCGCAAAAAAUAAUAGACGGAAAAAGGCCAAAGAUAAGCAAAGAAGCGCCUAAGAGUUAUAACGAUCUUAUGCAGCAAUGUUGGGAUCAUGAUCCUUCAAAAAGACCAACAGCUUCGAAAUUAUAUGAAACAAUUGGAUCAUGGUUUACAAAGAUUUGUAAUGAUCCAACCCCUACCGAAAUUUCUAUUGAAUUUGAUAAAGCAGAAGGAAUAAAAUUUUCCAAACUCGAAAAAUAUGCAUUCCAAAGACAAAAAAUUCAUAACGAAGCUAUUUACACAAGUCGUUUACUAAAUUUCCCAGGGCUUCGGAGGCAACAGUCUUAA